GAAGCUCAAAUAAUCAGGACCUUCCUAAACACAGCAACAGAAACAUAUAAAUUCGUUAAACUUGAGGACCCUGCCGGCAAAAAAUCUCCCUCUCAGUAGGGGCCGGAAUAAAAAUCUCCUCGCCUUCCUCUCCUACGCCGCCUGACCUCUGCUGUCCGCCUCAACGGUCCAACCCUCCGGUUCGACGUAGGCGCCGGCGGCGAAAUGAAGGUCUCCGUGAAGACGCUCAAGGGAUCCAGCUUCCAUAUCGAAGUGGAUCCUACCGACAAGGUUGCCGACGUGAAAAAGGUUAUAGAGAGUAUACAAGAGCAGGCUUCCUAUCCUGCUGACCAACAAGUGCUUAUACACCAGGGGAAGGUGCUCAAGGACGACACAACAUUGGAGGAAAACCAAGUAGUUGAAAAUAAUUUUCUUGUUAUAAUGCUCAGACAGAACAAGGGAUCAUCAAGUGCAGCACCAGCUAAGGUAACCGCGAAUCAGGCACCCUCUACUCAGACAGUGCCUGCUACUCCACCUCAAACGUCAGCAGCCCCAGAUGCACCGGCACCUAUUGCACCGGCUGCAACUGCUACAGCCUCAGCAGCUCCUGCUGUUGCUGUCUCCACUGAGGCGGAUAGUUAUGGUCAGGCUACCUCAAACCUAGUUGCUGGCAGCAACUUGGAAGGAACAAUUAAAUCCAUUCUUGAAAUGGGUGGCGGGACAUGGGAUAGAGACACUGUACUACGUGCUCUGCGGGCUGCGUACAACAAUCCAGAGCGUGCUGUUGAGUACUUAUAUUCUGGGAUUCCUGAACAAAUGGAGGUUCCUGCACCGCCUCCGAGUUCCCAACCAGUCGACCCUGUUCAGGCGGUACAACCAGCUCAAGCUGGACCAAAUGCUAACCCUCUCGACCUCUUUCCCCAAUCUCUUCCGAAUGAUUCCGCUAAUGCCAACACAGGAAAUCUUGAUGUUUUGCGUAAUAACUCACAGUUCCAAAACCUACUUGGUUUGGUUCAGGCUAACCCUCAAAUUUUGCAGCCAUUGCUUCAAGAAUUGAGGAAACAAAAUCCCCGGGUUAUGCAGCUAAUCCAGGAAAACCAAGCAGAGUUUAUGCGGUUGAUUAGUGAGCCACUAGAGGGAGACGAAGAGAAUGAAAUGAUGCUGGAUCAGAUGGCAGAUGCAACUGAGACCAUUGCAGUCACUCCAGAGGAGAAUGAAGCUAUACUUCGUCUUGAAGGGAUGGGCUUUGACCGGGCACUCGUCCUGGAAGUGUUCUUCGCCUGCAACAAGAACGAGCAGCUGGCCGCCAACUACCUCUUGGAUCACAUGCACGAGUUCGACAACGAUGACGGGCUCGGAGGGCCUCCAUUGUGAUGCGAUGCGAAGGCUGUGGACAGAAAAUAGGAAAACGUUUUGGGAUUUGUCUCGUCUGUCCGCUCCGCUCCCCCUACAUUUCUUUGCUGUUUAGUACAUAAUUCUAGAUUUACAGAAAAGACAAAGUUUACUCUUUUCUGGAUCAUAUGUUUUGUGCUACUUAUUGCUGUUCUGGCCGCAUUGGGCCAGCAUGCAGUUAUUCACGGGUUCAACCUGACAAGCGCUGGCUGCAGCAGCGAGGUGUUUGUAGGUUUCGCGGUGAUUCGUCUACCCAAAUCUGGAACCGUACUGAUACUGAAGACCGUACUGAUACUGAAGGCAUUAUCCGGCGUAAACUGUUAAUUCAAACAUUAUUACACGAAUGCAUAAGGCUGAGCACGGCUUUUGGGCUUGAACUCGUUAGACUGCCACCAAAUAGCAAAUCAUGCAUAUGGUCGCAUGAAUCAACGGUUUGUACUGUAUACUUUUUACACAGUGGACUUUUGGACUAUUCGUACAGUAAAGUUUAAAAUUCGCACUAUA